CGUAGCCCGUAUCGUCAGACCAGACAUCGGAUACAGACAACAACAGUGACAGAUCAAGACCGCAUUUCUGUUUGCAAGCCGUUAUGGGUGUAGUCUGAAAGGUGGAUACAGUAGCUAACCAUAAUAUACCUCGAAGUUUUAUCCUCAUGAAGGAGCUCCGUCCUGACUGAGUUUGGGAGAUGGGAGUACUCAACAUUGCAGACCAGCCUCCUCUGGUCCAGGCCGUCUUCAAUCGUAAUGCUGAAGAAGUUCAACUCUUAUUGCACAAAAAGGAGGAUGUCAACGCACUGGACCAGGAGCGUCGUACGCCCCUUCAUGCUGCUGCCUGCGUGGGUGAUGUCCACAUCAUGGACCUGCUCGUCGAGGCGGGUGCCAGUGUAAAUGCUAAAGACCAUGUAUGGUUGACCCCGUUGCACAGGGCAGCUGCAUCCAGGAAUGAGAGGGCUGUGGGUCUGCUGCUGCGGCGCGGAGCUGACGCGAACGCAAGAGACAAAUUCUGGCAGACGCCGCUGCAUGUGGCCGCUGCCAACCGUGCCACACGCUGCGCUGAGGCCCUGCUAACCCAGCUGAGCAAUCUGAACAUGGCAGAUCGCACUGGAAGAACUGCCUUGCACCAUGCGGCUCAGAGCGGGUUCCAGGAGAUGGUGAAGCUGCUGCUGAACAAAGGGGCCAACCUGAGUGCCAUCGAUAAGAAGGAGAGACAACCUAUCCAUUGUGCUGCUUACUUGGGGCAUGUAGAGGUUGUGAAGCUGCUGGUGUCCCGCAGUGCAGACAAGAGCUGCAAGGAUAAGCAGGGCUACACACCCCUCCAUGCUGCUGCUGCAAGUGGUCACAUCGAAAUUGUAAAGUACCUACUGAGGAUGGGGGCAGAGAUUGAUGAGCCCAACGGCUUUGGAAACACUGCUCUCCAUGUGGCAUGCUACAUGGGGCAGGAGGCUGUGGCUACUGAGCUCGUCAACCACGGGGCUAAUGUUAACCAGCCCAACAAGUGCGGCUACACCCCUUUGCACCUGGCUGCCGUCUCCACCAAUGGUGCCCUGUGUCUGGAGUUGCUGGUCAACAAUGGGGCAGAUGUCAACCAGCAGAGCAAAGAAGGGAAGAGCCCCCUGCACAUGGCAGCCAUUCACGGACGCUUCACACGUUCUCAGAUCCUCAUCCAGAAUGGUGGGGAAAUUGAUUGUGUGGAUAAGUAUGGCAAUACUCCUCUCCACGUUGCUGCUAAGUACGGCCAUGAACUGCUGAUCAGCACUCUGAUGACCAACGGAGCAGACACGGCCAGACGUGGGAUCCAUGGAAUGUUCCCCUUGCACUUAGCUGUGCUGUACGGGUUUUCAGACUGUUGUCGCAAGUUACUCUCCUCAGGUCAGCUUUAUAGUAUAGUUUCAUCUAUGAGUAAGGAGCAUGUACUAUCUGCUGGUUUUGACAUAAACACCCCUGACAACUUUGGGAGGACCUGUCUACACGCUGCUGCCUCUGGAGGAAAUGUUGAAUGUCUGAACUUGCUAUUAAGUAGCGGUACUGACUUGAAUAAGAGGGACAUAAUGGGAAGGACACCGUUGCACUAUGCGGCUGCUAAUGGGAGGUACCAGUGCACUGUGACCCUGGUGAGCGCUGGCGCUGAGGUCAACGAGCCUGACCAGACAGGCUGCACUCCCCUGCACUACUCUGCCGCCUCCCAAGCCUUUAGCAGAGUUGAUCGUAAUUUUUCUGGAAACCAUCAGAAUGAUGAAGAUGAGGCGAAGGAGUCGUACUUCUGUUUGGAGCAUCUUUUGGACAAUGGCGCCGAUCCAUCGAUGGUCAACUCAAAGGGUUACAGUGCUGUUCACUAUGCAGCUUACCAUGGCAACAAACAGAACCUGGAGCUGCUCCUGGAGAUGUCCUUUAAUGCACUAGGAAACAUAGAAAACAGUAUUCCAGUCAGUCCACUGCAUCUCGCUGCCGAUAAAGGUCAUCGGCAGGUGCUGCGUGUGCUGACAGAAACUGCAGCCUAUGUGGACAUGCAAGACGCCGUAGGCCGCUCUGUCCUCUAUUUGGCUGCACAAAAAGGCUACGCCCGCUGUGUGGAGGUGCUGUUGGCGCAGGGGGCUUCCUGUCUCCUCAGUGACAACCGCCUAAUGUGGACUCCUAUUCAUGUUGCAGCUGCCAAUGGUCACUCAGACUGCCUUCGUAUGAUGAUUGAUUAUGGGGAGGAGGGGGAUCUCACCAAUGUGGUAGACAAAAUUGGCCAGACACCUCUGAUGCUAGCCGUUCUGGGAGGUCACACGGAGUGUGUCGUCUUCCUAUUGGAAAAGGGAGCCUUGCCUGACGCCAAGGACAAAAGAGGCAGCACAGCUUUGCACAGAGGGGCUGUAUUGGGCCAUGAUGAUUGCGUGACGGCCCUGCUGGAGCACAAAGCGUCUGCAACGUGCCGGGAUAUCCAGGGUAGGACACCGCUGCACUAUGCUGCAUCCAGAGGCCAUACAGAGAUUCUGGCAAGUCUGGUGCAGGCUGCCAUGGUAACAGAUCCACAAGACAAACUGCUGGACAACAAACAAUACACCCCAUUACACUGGGCUGCUUUCAAAGGGCACGAAGACUGUUUGGAGGUUUUACUUGAAUUUAAAACAUUUAUCCAUGAAGAGGGAAACCCUUUCACCCCCUUGCACUGUGCUUUGAUGAAUGGCCACAGUGGAGCUGGAGAGAGACUCCUGGAAUCUACUGGGGUCCACAUGAUUAACACCAGAGAUGCCAAAGGAAGGACCCCACUACACGCUGCUGCAUUUGCUGAGGAUGUUGCAGGACUGCAGUUGGUGCUUCGCCAUGGGGCAGAGAUCAAUGCAGUCGACACAACUGGGUGCUCUGCUCUGAUGGUAGCUGCUGACAAGGGACACAGUGGUACAGUGGCCAUCCUCCUUCACCGGGCCAAGGCUGAUCUGACCCUGCUAGAUGAAAACAGGAACACUGCCCUGCACCUGGCAUGUAGCAAGGCUCAUGAGAUGUGUGCCCUGCUGAUUCUGGGAGAGAUUCACAGUCCCACACUGAUAAAUGCCACCAACAGUGCUUUGCAGAUGCCCCUUCAUCUUGCGGCACGCAAUGGUCUGGCUACAGUGGUGCAAGCGCUGCUGAGUAGAGGAGCCACUGUGCUGGCUGUGGACGAGGAUGGCCACACCCCAGCUUUGGCUUGUGCUCCCAACAAGGAUGUGGCAGACUGCCUGGCUCUGAUCCUCUCUACCAUGAAGCCUUUCCCCCAGCGGGACUCGUCGUCCUGCUCCUGUUCCUCUCCCACAGUCUCCCCUUCCCCGGGUCUCAACUUGCUGAAGCACUGCGGCAUCACCGCCGCCUGCGCGCCCCUACCCAGCAACGGCCUCCACAACGGCUACGUCAAAGAUCGUCAUGGUGCACCGGUUGGCCUGGACGGGUGUCUGUCUGAGUGAGGUCAAGCGCCCCCCUCAGUCAGCUGCUAUCACCACCAUCACCACCAGGGGGCGACUCCCUUUAACAUGGCCCAGAGGACCAGGAGAGCACCCACCCACAUGUCUGUUCUCUGUAUGUAUGUGUUUGUGUGUCAGUGUAUGCGUGAGUGUUUGGUCUUCUCUUGAGGUGCAGUCAAACCUAAUAUGCAACUAGAUCCCAUUCCUCCAUCUCCUAGUAGUGCUUAAUAUGUGAAGGCAGAGUACUCUACAAGGUCACCCAGAACACUAGCAAUCUGGCCAUUGAAAUCAUUUAACCCUUUAAAGUCAUGUUGACAUAAUUGUAUAACCAACAUUUAAAAGCACGGAAAUCUCUGUAUCCUCGACUGUCCUUACGUCAUUCACUAUAAGAGUCAUAUCAUGUUUAAAUCGGUUGUGGUGACCUUGUAGAGGAACGUGCAUCCUUCCCAAAAGAAUGAUCAAAGAGUUUGUUUUUAAUUAUUUUCGUUUUUUUGUUUUACGUCUGUUAGCCUAGAUUUUUAUGAAGGAACCACACCAGAGAAAACCUAAAAAAGUCUUUUUUUGUUUUUGCUUAAGAGUGCAAUGCUUGUGUACUACAGUACAAUCCGAAAUUUGGAAAAGGGUCACAAUGAUAUUAAUUCCGUAGUGUAUUUAAAACCUACAGCAUAGGGUUGUUUGGCAAUUUAAGAAAAUUUGGUAAUGCUGCUGAAUACACGAGCGUGUCUCCUUCCAAAGGAGGGCCACGUUUCUGCAUCGUAACAUCGAUUUGUUCUUAAGGCUGACUUCAUGUUUUAAAGAUGCUAAAUAAGUGUUUGUUAAGCUAGAAUGUUUCUAAGCAUAUAAGUUAUGACCAAAGUUGAUCAACACUACUAUGGCUAUAAAUUAUUUAUUUGAGAUGAACUGUACUGUAUAGAGAGAGAAAAUAGAUCUUGAUAUACCUCGUCAACUCGUUUAGCAGCUGCUUCAUCUUCACCCAGGGUCCGUAGGCCUAACGUUCUCAGUUUGUAGGACUGGAGAACUACUGUAGGAUAGUGACUGACUGAGGCCUUGUUUAUUUCUAGAUGAAGGCUUUACUAGUAAUAUCUGCCAACAACACCUCAUCAAAGCAUCAUAUAUCUGAGCACAUAAAUGAACAAGCCAUUUCAAUUUCUUUCCCAUCCUUUUAGCAGUGUUUUGUUAAUUCUUUUUUAUUUAAUUUAUUUUUUUCAGUAGUUCAGAAUUCAGAUGGCCUAGUAAUUGAACAAGAGCAAUCAGUUUUGGUUUUUAAGCACUAAUGAGUUUCUUCUGGCCAUAAGCAUUGUAGUUUAACAAGCUCUCGCUAAAAAUAAGUAUUUCCUGGAGCUGGUGAACUAGUCUUAAAUAUCGAAUAGUUUAUAUCUCAACUUCUCGGUGGUCAACUCUGAUCAGUUAUUGUUACUGAGAGAUAGGAGUAUUGUCUGCUAUUUUUAAUGGGCAGUUUCAAGCAAUAUUUUUUUGGCCUUUUCGUUUAACGUUAUUGAAUAGACAAUCACUGUCACAAGGGCUUUUGUUUCCCGGGAAUGUGUUUGAUUUUUUUCUUUUUCUUUAAAAUUUUUAUUAUUUCAUGGAAAAUUACUUAAAGACUAAACGAAUGGCUCUGUGUGUGCCGGGCAUUUUACUGUCAGUGUCAGCACAAAUGCACUGGAUCGCCUUUAUGGCAUCUCAUGAAAUGCCUUUUGACCCAUGCCUUCCGUAACACAUCAUUUCAGUUGAAUUGUGUAGUGGCAGAGUGAGACCAGCCCUGAGACCGAUGAUCUUUCCACAUAAUUUAUUGCAACAGCAUUGAACUCCGGUUGCAUCAUACUAUCUAGUGGAAAACAUUGCGCGUCAUAUCUUUUAUAUGUCCUGGCAUUAUCAGUGACUAGGAAGUUGAAGCAAAUAGGGCUAAAAGGAAAGGGAGAGGGAUCUUUUGCUUAGGCCAAUACCUGUUGUUUAGAUUUCAGGAAUAGCAAAUAUCCAAAUAUGUGCUUUUUCUUUUUUGUUGUUGUUAUUCAUUUUGUCGUCUCCUCAUCCCAUUUCUGGUACUAAGCAUACUAAAGAUGAUUGUAUAGGACCACUAGAGCUGUUUGUGACUUCUAGAUGUUAUAUCGAUGCUAUUUUUUUAAAACCAUCUACUGGUGGCGAAAUUACACUGAGUCAAAUUGUUUUCAUUAGAGUCAACUUCAUACCUACUGGUAAUGAAGUGACAAAAUUGCACACGAGUUGAUUGGAUGAAAGACGAGGACCUAGACUCGGCUGCGUUGUUUAACACCCUUGGAAAAGUCUUUCACUUUCCUGUAUUUUACUUGACUUGACUAAAACUGACGUUACCGUAAAUCCAUUUCAGAGCAGCAAUGUCUCACAGUUACUGUUGUAGAUUUGUUGUUGGCUUUUUGGUCGGCCUCUACAAUCUAAGAAAUGGAACUAAUUAGUGACCCCCACCCCCUACUUGCAUAAUUUCUACAUUUCUAGACAGGUAUACUGCUGAUAGUUCUGUUAUUAACUUUAGGGAUAGGUACAUAUUUGGGUAAUCUCAGGAUCUGUGCUAAGACAGCAGGCAGAAUUUAUUAAUCCAAUCUGAUCUCUGCAGGAUGAUAAUGUCUACAGGUUUUUCAUGCUGUGUUCCAUAACUGAAUUCCUUUUAAAGCCUAAUCCCACAGCACUUAAUUAGAUAGUCAAACACGCACUUUAGUACAUUCAAGUUCUAAGUGUGCAAACUAGAGCAGAUGUAAUGUAUGUACUGAUGUUUACAUGCAUGUGUUGUGCUGCUGAAUACAGGAAGGUAGGGUUGCUAAAUAAGCAAAGGCUACAGCAAAAUUGUAACGACGCAUUAUAUAAAAGUGUCUCUAAGCACUUGAGGACAGUGCCCACUGCCCGCUGACAUUUUUUUGUUUUGUUGUCUUGGGCAGCCGGCCCAACAAAGUGACAAGGUUACAUUACCCAGCCUACUGUUAAUAAUACUGGGCCCGGCCUAAGUCGGUGAAACCCAGUGAUUCAACAGACACCUCAGGCAGAAUCCUCAAAAUACUCAACAUACUCUCUCUCUGCCGUCUGAAGGUGCUGUCAGACCCGGCUGUUUGGGCAGGGAUUUGCUUUGUCUUGUGGUUUCUCUGUCCAACAUAGUACAUGGCCGUUGACCCUCGCAACUGUACAAGUUGUAACCGAAUCCGUUUGGUGUAUCACAGUAUUCUUAUACAUGCUUUUUUUUUUUGUUUUUUAAUUUGUGUGUACUAGUGAUGAACUGAGUGAUUAUACAUGGAGCUAGAUCACAAUUUUGCUAUAGCGAUAAGACGACACAAGUGGAGAAUAUACAAUAUGUCUGGAGUCAGAAAGCAAUGAGAGGUCCAAUUGUAGCAAUAGAGAGUGUGUGUAAUAGUGUGCAGCACAAAUAUUGCACUGCCAUCCAUUUAGGCCCAUUCAGUAAAUCAUAGCAUAAAUGCCAAUGGAAGAUUAAAAUGCGGGUUAGAUGUUAUACACUUUGGUCACAAAUAAGGCCUGUUUGCCAAAACGUGUCGAGAGGGAAACCUCUUGGUAAAGCAGCAAUGGAUUUAUGCAUAUGUUUACAGUCUGACCAUCAAAUCUGAGCCAUGAAUUUUCUGACUGAAAUGAAUGUAGGGUCAGUUUCGAGCAGGACAAUUUGUUUUCUCCCGACUUUAAACUGUUACUCUUCAUUUGUACUGCGUAGAUAUGAAUAAUACAGGUAGCAUGUAAUAGCCUAAUUCUCUACAUAUUAUACAGUAUGUGUAGUAGUCUUCCUGCGUCGAGGGUCUGGACAGUUCUUUGUUUUGAAACGUUUGGCAUCAUUGUUGGACUAUAGGCCUGCUGUUGCGUAAUCUCAUCCUUCUCCUCACAUGCAUUUGUGUGAAGCGUAGCUUACAAGGUGAACAGAUGACACGUGCAGAUGAAUUUACCAUUUGUGUUCAUCCAUUCCAUUGAGAUUGCCUUACUGUAUAUUAUCACGAGGGACAAAAAGCUCUGCAGUAGAUAUAGUCACACAUACUCAUAAAUAGCCUAUAUUUGACAAACAUGCACCUAAGCUACACCCAUUUAGUGCCAUAGAAACCUUUAUUUGCCUUUAGACAUAAAUCAUAUUUUCUCAGUCAGUAACUUAUUGAGACGUAGGCAAGAUUAUUACAGUUUUGUGUUUGAAGCUGCAUGUCUUUUCACCAGUUAUACUAGUCAAAGGAGAAACUAUAAAUAUUUGCAUGGAACAUUAGUACUUAAAUGCAAGUAUUCUGUGAAAAUUUGAUGUUAGUAGAAGUAUUUUAUAAUUGAACAUUUUUGGAGAACAUGGUUAGUCCGUUUGGUAUUGGCAAAGCAAUCCCUAGGUCGUGUGUAAGACGGUUUCUAAUUUCUGUGUGUUACCUGGAAAAAAAAAAAAGAUUUUGAUGUCCAGAUAAAAGCAUGGUAUACACAGUAUAGAAUUGAUUUGCCUCAAUGGAUGUCUCGGUUCUUACUUGAAGUAAAUGGCAAUUUUCAAUUCAACUCUCUGAUCCACUGUUUAGCCCUUUGCCUUAAAGCAGAAAAUGGAAAUGAUACCUGGCAGUACCUGACGAGUUGCAUCACGUGUGUUACGCUAUGUGAUCGGAUCGCUACAGAUGUCUCACCGUCAUCUCUGGGUGUCGAGAAGCACACAAAUCAGUGGAUGGAGGUAGCACAUAGCUCGAGGUCGCCACGGCGCAGAGAUUGUUGAGAAAGGUUAGGAUUUCGCCAUAUUUGCCACUGUGAAUGAAUGAAUUCUGAAUUCACUCGUAAACAAUCAACUUUGGCUCCUGUUAUCUACAAGCCAGGUGACAAUGGGAAUAAAAGUGGUGUACCUCAAAAUAUACUGGGAAGGAAACUCUUGUAACAAUUCUUGUACAGCUAUGCUAACAAAGAGAUAAAAUCUUGUGAUCCAUCUUGUCGUGGGUAGUGUAAAUCUGCUUAAACCAGCCUAAAUCUGAGAUGCAUCUACGAGGGAGAGUUGGAUUAAUGUUGGCAGAUGUCUAACGUUUCCUACCUUACCAAGCGGCAGCCGACUGCACCUUGUACUUUUUAUUGGACCUGCAGUUUUACCUCAACAGUGAUAUUUUGACAACGCUGACAUUGAUCUUUUGUGAUUUACUUGUUUUCCCUAAUGCCAGUCGUGUUGAUUCUUUUCCUCUUUAUAGCGUGAGUGACUUUUCAAUAUCUCUCCCUCUAUAUAUAAAUAUAUAUCUAUAUAUCCAGAUAUAUAUACGCAUGUGAAAACUUAACAUGCACACAUCAGUUUUUUUACAGCACAGAAGCAUAGCUACCGCAUCUGAAUAUGUUUCACUUCAUUACAACCGAUAGAUGAGUUUGUUAUCUGAAGGGUACUAAGGGGAAUAAUAUAAGGGGGAAUGAAGGUAGCUAUGAAACUUUACCUCGGAGUUAAAACAGUACAGAUUCACUGUAUGACUAGUUUGAUCACCUUCCCUGACUGAACACUUUAUUAAUCCUCCCACCCACACAGUAACAAGGUCUGUGUAAUAUCGAGCACAGUGGUGGCAUGGUGCCUUUUAUUUGUUACUACCAAAAGGUACGGUCUUCCAUUUGUAUUAUAGCCUUAUAAUGGGAAAAGAAAUUACGCUGAACGUACACGACUAAAGUAGACAGGUUCCCUCUGAGCAUGAUUAUUUCAACUAUGGGAUCCGGGUUAUUUAAAAACUUUAAAUAACUCCCUGGCUUUCAUCAUGCGUUUCCAGUGAUUCAGUGCUCCCUUUGGGAGGCAAAAUAAAUUGCACAUCACUGAUGCGAUUUAGGGCACAUCAAACGCUAACUGAAUGGGGGAUCAAUAGCACGUAAGCACAAAUCCAAAGAAGGCACCUCGGGGCUCAGCUGGCUCCCAACACCAAGGAAUGAAAGGGCCUUUAGACCAAAUGUAGGCAGCAGUGUGAGUGGGAAAAAUGCCCGACUCCAGUGGGUGCAGAAAACAAUGAAGUUUGACUGUCAAUAACACAUUCACUGUAGAACGACCGCGUGGAAUCACCGAGCUGCUUCUGAUCGUUCUCGUCAGCUCUUUGCUAUUCAUCGAAGAUUAGUAACUUUACAGUCCAAACCAUGUUGUGAAAUGAUGCGGUACCUGCAGUACUCUGAACAUCAAGUCUAGACAAGCAGUUUGUAGUGACUGUGUUGCAGAAUGAUUGUAGAGAUCGUUUUGUGUUUUUUUUAGGAUAAAUGGACUACAAGUAGGUUUUGCAGUAGUAGCUGUGUGCAGUGUUAAUAACAGUGUGAUCAUAUAUAGAAGUGAUGUAACGUUUGUUGUCUUACUAUGACAUUAAGGCAUGAAUCAUCUUCUCUUAAGCUGACCUCGGUUAAAAUAGAUAAAAGUGCAAUAACCUUUUGUUUAACAUUACUUUCUCAGUUAAAUGAAAUAUUCUUUAAUAUGCCCUUUUUUUUCUGAUAACACCCAAAGGUCAUGUGUCUGUAGCAGAUGACGGAUUUCAAGCGGUCCCGUUGUUUCUGUUCAGAGAGGUGGCGUUUGACAGUGGAGUGUGUGAUAUUCCAUUCUUAAAACUGUGAUUGAAACCCAACUUUAACAGCCGCCUGCUCAGAGAGAGAGCUGUGCACAAGUUGACCAAUUAAUUUGAGUAGGUGCAUUCGUUUUCCUUUUCUUUUGCUUACAGAUUGACUUGGAUGGUAUUGUAGUUUGGACUUCUGGUUUCUAGCCGAUAGACCUGUUCAUUUGCAUGUGUAGAUGUGUAUAUGCAUCCCCUUCCUCUUUGAAUGAAAUGUUUUAGACCUGAUAUUUAAACCUGCUGUCAGUGAUGUACGUGGAUAAAAGGAAAUAUGAAAUGCCUUAUAUUUGUUUGAUUCUUAAGCAUUAAGGGUUCUUACGUGUCCCUCCCCUUUUUAGCGUGUAGCCUAAAGCUUGUACAGUUAAGGAAACCAUGAGAUUUAUAUCUACUGUAUAGCCUGUGUGUUUUCAAACUUGUUACUUGGAGGUCCUGUGAUUGUGGUUUUAGAGAAACAUUCCCCUUGAAAGUGCCGUUUGUUUUCACCAGCAGAAGAUAUGUCUGUGGGAGGGGGGGGGGGAACAAGGUUCAAAACACUUCCCGGUCUUAAGUGUUGAACUGAAAGUAUUUGUGCAGGUGAAAUAAGGCAACGAUCUUCUGAUGGAGCACCUUAUCAACUCGCUCCUUUUGUGAGUCCACCGCGGACGUGGACUUGCAUGAGGCUUGAUCACUCUAAAGCAGAGCCAUAUCAGAGAACUUGCCCCAUUAGGAGCCCCAUUGAAUGUGCUAUUAGGAGUAGCCCACUGUAGGAAAGGUUGUGUACUGCAUGUUCUGUGACAUUUUAGUAGUAGGCGUCUCUUCAUGUUUUUCUGUUUCGUCUGUUUCUGUGUAGUUGUUGCCACCUGAUUACAACUCAUGAGCUAUUAAAGGUCCACCCGCAACUGGACUCGCAGCAGACGUGGAUCUGCUGCCGAGGUAGCCUUACUCCACUGCAGAGUUGAAAGAAAACAUAUUAGAUAAUGGUUUGCCUGAUUUACUUUGAGUGGCUUCCCUGGGGAAAUACAAAGCAGCCCUUCGCAUGAGUAAGAUGACUCUGACUUAGGGCACGUGGUGAGUUACAAUCAAUAGUUUCACAGUGCACCUUCAUAAAAGAGAGGGGGGGGGCAACAUUGGCUUGUCCACCCAACAUUCCAAAGUUGAUUUUAAUUUUCCACAGUCCUGUCCCACUGUUUGAGGAAAUCACUUUUUGCAUUGCUGGUGAAUGAAGUGGGCAUGUGUAUCAAUGACAGGGUUCCCUAUUUAGCCUAACGCCGAUUACCUCAUUUACAAAUCUGCAAAUAUACUACUCUACUGUGUGUAAGGGAGUCAAUGCCAUCACCAGCAGCGUGGUCUCUUGACCUGUGAUGACAGCAGGACCAAUGAAGUUACUCUGUUAAAAUUAGCCAAAUUAUAAUAUGGCCAGUAGGAGAAUAUAGGUUAACACCCAAUUCAUUUUAUAAUUUUUAUUGUAAGCCCAAGUGCGUCCUGGUUAGUCAUUUACCACAGCUGCUACCCCAGUCAGCACUGGGAGCUAUCAGAAAAACUGCAGAUGUCUUAGUCUGAUAGGACAAUGAUUAUUGUACAUCGUCUCCAAAAAGAAUCGGGGGGAUUCUGAUUUUACAGUUGUUACACGCCGCUCCCAAAGCAUUGACUGGAAUAGCAACUGCUUGCACUAGCAUGGUUCAAGAAGCCGAAGCCUUGUGUAUGUCAACAUUAUUUGAGUGAAUGAUCAUGUUAGCGUCACUUUGCUGUUUUUUCAGUAGCAUUUUCCUACCUCCUUGUUUUGCAGCCUUGAGUAUUGUUUCUCCACCUGUUCUGACAGAAAAAAAGUAUCACAGUACGGGAAUACAGAUUUAUUAUAAGCAAUGGUAGUUAUACAUUAAAAGCGUGUUUGGUUGUACUGUAUGUGUAUAUGUCUAUUUGACGUUGAAAAAAUAUUUAUGAGAAGCAUUUAUACGACAAAAUACCACUGGAAUGUGAAGCCAGACAAUGUUAUGAUGCAGAUUAUGAUGAUAGUCUAUCCCCUUUAACAUUCAGUGGACAAUGGACAAAGGACUCAUCUCGUAAAAAUGAAUAACCAUGAAUUUGUUUUGCUUUUAUUUCUUUUUGUUUGUGCAUAUUCUCCCCGUGUAGCCCUAUAGUACACACUAUUUCAGCGUUGCCGCUUCAUUCUGGGUCAGUCAUCAUUUGCCCUGCAGUAGUAACCGUACCACAGCUGCUCUGUAGGAGGACAGUAAGGUGGAUUUGUAAUUCUGUAUGAGGGUGAGUGUGAGCCCCUCGAGCCGUAGGCCUUCAAUAUCCAUUUGUCCACUUCAAACCAAAUUUUGCUUCAUAGGUGUCUUGUCUCAGCUCUGCCCCAGCAUUUCAUGUCCAGUUUGAUACAAGGGGUACAGGGCAAGGUAAAAAAAAAAGCAGGUUUGAGGUUUUCUUACCAGGUGCACAACCCCGCUCCCCCCACCCGCCCAUGCCUCCCCCAGUACAGACCAGUCCCACUUUUCAUCACCCGCCUGUCUGAUUUCACCUAAACCUCAAGCCAUUCAUUUUUCUGAUUUUGUUUUUUCAACAAUGCAAUCCUGAAAGCACUUUGCCUUGUUAUUCCUUUGUGUGAACAUGUGAAUGAUAAUUUGUUACAAAAAUGUUAAAUAUGUAAAAGAUCAUUCACUGUUUUGGAAAAACCUGCAUCUGUCUUUCUGACGUUAAAAGGAAAAAAACAAAUUUAGUGACAUUAAACCUGAACCUAUUUUAUAAAAUGUUUGCUGCAGCCAAUUGGUCUUGUCAUUCAGUAUUGUGGCUUAGGGUUGUUUGUGUUCAAUAAAGUGCUAUUGCUAAAUAUC